CCUGCUCUGGGGUUGGAGCUCGGUGGAUGGAGGCAAGCCAGUUCAGAAUGCAAGACUCUGCCCACCAAAAGGGUCUGGUUUCAGCCACUCUGCCAGAAGCUGCAAUUGCUUUCAAGACCACGAGCAAGUGAACUGAGCGCCAGCUCUGGCCAAGGGGUGGGGACAUAAUCCAGCACAGGAGUUAACCCAAUGACCUGUACAUUUUCUUUCUCACAUUCACACACCACAGAUAGCCUACAGAGGACUCAAACUGAGAAAAAUCUCUUAAUCUUCCAAAUUCUUUUCCUGGUUUGUUGAGUAGCCAAGGUUUGGGUGGGGCUUUUGUGAAUAAAAACGCUCUCCUUCGUUUUCCCUCCACCGAGGAACAUGGUGAAGCGAGUUGCCAUUGUGGGAGCUGGGGUCAGUGGCCUGGCCUCCAUCAAGUGCUGCCAGGAGGAGGGGCUGGAGCCCACCUGCUUCGAGCGGAGCGAUGACCUGGGAGGACUUUGGAGAUUCACCGAACAUGUUGAAGAAGGAAGAGCCAGUCUUUACAAGUCUGUGGUUUCUAACAGUAGCAAGGAGAUGUCUUGUUAUGCAGAUUUUCCAUUCCCAGAAGACUACCCAAACUUUGUGCCAAAUUCUCUGUUCCUGGAAUAUCUCAAACUGUAUGCAAACCGGUUCAACCUGCUGAAAUGCAUUCAGUUCAAGACCAAAGUCUGCAGUGUAACAAAAUGUCCAGAUUUUGCUGUCUCUGGACAGUGGGAAGUGGUCACUCUCCAUGAAGGGAAGCAAAGCUCAGCUAUAUUUGAUGCUGUCAUGGUCUGCACUGGCUUUCUAACUAACCCUCACUUGCCCCUGGAUUCCUUUCCAGGCAUAAAAAAUUUUAAAGGGCAGUACUUCCACAGCCGAGAAUAUAAACAUCCAGACAUAUUUAAAGACAAACGAGUUCUUGUGGUUGGAAUGGGAAAUUCCGGCACAGAUAUUGCAGUGGAGGCCAGCCACUUAGCCAAAAAGGUUUUUCUCAGCACCACCGGAGGGGCAUGGGUGAUCAGCCGAGUCUUUGAUUCAGGUUACCCGUGGGACAUGGUAUUCAUGACACGAUUUCAGAACAUGUUCAGAAAUUUUCUCCCAACUCCAAUUGUGAGUUGGUUGAUAUCAAAAAAGAUGAACAGCUGGUUCAACCAUGUGAAUUACGGUGUGGCUCCAGAAGACAGGGUUCAGCUGAGAGAGCCUGUGCUAAAUGAUGAGCUCCCGGGCCGGAUCAUCACCGGAAAAGUGUUGGUCAAGCCAAGCAUCAGGGAGGUGAAGGAAAACUCUGUCAUAUUUAACAACACCCCAAAGGAAGAGCCUAUCGACAUCAUCAUCUUUGCCACCGGCUACACCUUUGCUUUCCCCUUCCUCGACGAAUCUGUAGUGAAAGUGGAGGAUGGCCAGGCAUCGCUGUACAAGUACAUCUUCCCGGCCCAUCUGCCAAAACCAACUCUGGCUGUGAUUGGCCUCAUCAAACCCCUGGGCUCCAUGGUACCCACGGGAGAAACACAGGCUCGAUGGGUCGUUCAGGUCCUAAAAGGUGCGACUACAGUACCACCACCAAGUGUCAUGAUGACGGAAGUUAAUGAAAGGAAGAAAAACAAGCACAGCGGGUUUGGCUUGUGCUACUGCAAGGCUUUGCAAUCAGAUUAUAUUACAUACAUAGACGACCUCCUGACCUCUAUCAAGGCAAAACCGGAUCUGCGGGCCAUGCUCCUGACUGACCCACGACUGGCUCUGAGCAUCUUCUUUGGCCCGUGCUCACCUUACCAUUUCCGCCUGACUGGUCCAGGAAAAUGGGAAGGAGCCAGAAAUGCCAUCUUGACCCAGUGGGACCGGACACUGAAAGCCACCAAAACUCGAAUUGUUCGAGAAUCCCCAUCUUCCUUUGAAACUUUGUUUAAACUCUUUAGUGUUCUGGCUUUGCUUGUGGCUGUUUUCUUGGUUUUCCUGUAAGAAAAAAAAAAUCUAACUGGCUUUUCAGAUGCAUGGAGUGUAAUGCUCCAAUUCCUCUAAUGUAACAAUUCUCCUUCAUAGUCAUAAACCAUGUUCAGAGAGUGAAGCCCAACCCCUCCUCUCCCCAGAUCACCCCACUGGCACCCCGGCAUUUCUGGGCCUCUAAAAGCUCCAUUAGGUUUAAUCCCAAAAGAUAAUGCCCAACAAUUUUUAGGGAUCCGGGCCCAUUUUUAGGGAGGAGCUUCCCCAGGGAACACUCUGAGUACUCUUUCCCCUAAAAACUCUUUUCCUAAAUCUUAAUGAAAACCCCUAGCUCACUGAAUAUCGGUUUGCACUAAAAUGGUUCUCUGUGGAGAGGUGUACUACAAAUAAAAUGAAAGUAACUACUUGUG